GCCGGGGGGAUUUCCUUUUCUGGAUGCCAGGGUUUGUGUUCCACGACACGCGAAAAAUGGCCGACGUGUCCGAGUGAGAGUUUGGAUUGAAGGUGAAAGCAGGGUAGCAGCCUCCUAUCUUUAGUACCCAGUAUGACAACAGUCAUGGUGGUAAAAGCUCCGGCUGCGGUGCCUGUCCGUGGGCCCGGGGAUGGCAUGGAAACAGAUGAGCCUCCGGCCGCCCCGGAGAUCAACACGGAGCUGUCUGCCAAAAUCAGCUCUCUGCAGCUCAGCCCGCGCAGCAAGUCCACCCCGCCACACAGCCCCGGCGUGCUUCACCUCGGCAAGGUCAACUGGGAGUCCUGCGCCGAGCUGGAGGCUGUCCGCAUCGUGGUGCCCAGAGCGGCCAUCUCCCACUGCGUGCCCGGCAAGGCCUCCAAGCUGGUGGAGUCGGGUGCCGGCAGCCUGAAGGGGGAGCCGCUGCUCCAGCCUGAAGCCUCCGUGGAGCCGCGGAAGGAGGCCCAGGACUGGAGAGCUGCCCUGGACAAGCUGCAGAACUCGGAGAGGAGGCUGCUGCAGGACAAGGAGGGCCUUUCAAACCAGCUGAGGGUUCAGACGGAGGUGAACCGGGAGCUGAAGAAGCUGCUGGUGGCCUCGGUGGGAGAUGAUCUGCAGUACCAGUUUGAGCGUCUGGCCCGGGAGAAGAACCAUCUCAUCCUGGAGAACGAGGCUCUGGGGCGAAACCUCUCCCAGACCGCGGAGCAGCUGGAGCGGAUGACCAUACAGUGUGACGUCUGGAGGAGCAAGUUCCUUGCUAGCAGAGUGAUGGCAGACGAGCUGACCAAUACCAGGGCAGCUCUGCAACGUCAGAUCAGGGAAGCGCAGGGUGCCAUUCAGGACCUCCUCGGUGAGAGGGAGGAGUUCUCUCGGGACAUGCUGCAGACUCACAGGUCUCUGGAGCAGCUCCUGGUUUCCCUGCAGUGGGGCAGACAGCAGACUUAUUACCCAAGCGCACAGCCCCUCAGCACCGGAGAGCUGGCAGCAGCUAACCACAAGCUAGCUAAGGCUGUCAACUCCCACCUUCUGGGAAAUGUAGGUACCAGCAAUAUGCAGAAGAGCUCUCAAGCUGCAGACAUUUGUCACACUCCAGCUGAAAAAAUGGCAGAAAAGGUACUGAGACAUUUGGAUCCCAUUUCAUGUCCUGAAGAUACCUGCAGUAGUAAAUCAGUUCCUGAAACUUCGCCCACGUCUUUCCUCUCUAACAAGAAAAGUAUUGGAAGGUUUCAUCCGUACACCCGCUAUGAGAACAUCACCUUCAACUGUUGCAAUCGCUGCAGCGGCGAGCUUAUAGUGCUCUGAAGUGGAGAUUAUUUGUGUGUGCACUUUGACGAUACCGAUCAGUACACUUCUAAAGAGGGCACACAAUAGCAUAAUUGCCAAGAUCUGAAAUAUGUAUUGUAAAUGCCUUCACCAGAAAAUUCAAGGGUCGAGAUAAUAAAAUUCAAGGUAAUAGGAGAUGAAUAAUGCAUUAAAGCCGCUGUGUUUUUUUUAUUCUCUGAAAUAAUUUUUUUAAAGCUAUUUUCCAUCCAUCCACUGUCCGUGGAUUGCUACUUCUAGACUAGGGUUGUGGCUAACAUGGAACGGCAUUAUUAGUGUGGAUACCUCAGUGCUUUUGGAUUCAUGGUUCUGUUCUGGAUUAGCGUACCUUCUGUAUAGCAAUCCAGAGAUACACUUGCACAGGCUCCUUGGCAUCUCCUGUGCACGUGUAUGAUGACAGGCUGGGGUGUAGUCCUGUCUCGUACCCUGGGCCUGCCAGGUUGGGCUUCUCUUUACCGCUACUCAUCAGUAAUGAAUGCAGUUAACAGAAACCGGAUGGAUAUGUAAUUAUUUCUGAGAUUGGGUUAGAAAGAACUGUGCUACAUGUCUUGUUGAAAAUUUGUACAGCAAAUUCAGUUUCGUCUUGGUGUGCUUUGAAAUUAUGGGUAGUUCAGUAACAUGAGUGUAUUUGAUGUUUUCAGGCUGUUCCUACAACCACAGCGCCAGUGUAAUAUUCUUUCAACUGUAAUGACUGCAGAAACAUUUUCAGCUAUUCGGUCUUUGCCUGUCUUUAGAUUGUUUUUGUUUUCAGUUUAGAAAAAAGGUGGAGUUUUCCAUCUGCAUUAGACAGUGUUGGCAAUAUUUCCAAUAACUCAAAGGUUUAUAAUGGUCUUAAUUUCAAAAAGGCUUAAAUAUGGGUUUCAGAAUUGGAGGGGUUUUGAGUACUUUUUGGGUUAAAUUCCAAAUUCUGCAUAAUGUAAGUGAAAUAAUGAGGUUACAGUCAUGCUAGUUGUGGAAACUUGCUUUUCUGUCAAGUUUUGAAAGUGAUGUGGACUUUUUUGGGGACAGAAAAGAAAAAGUAACAUCAAUUUGACAAAAGAUUAUCGGAACAAUUUAAGGAGUGCGGUAUUAAGCACAGGUAUACUUUGAAGAGAGGUCUUUUUUUCAUCUGUUACAAAUAAGUGUUAAGUGCAAUAAAUUAAGAAUUGUUUUACUGUUUCCACCACUAUGGCAGCAUAGUGUUAACUUAUCAGUGUGGUCAUCACACUGUGACAGUACUGUAAUAUCAGUGUGUGAGGAAUUGGGGUUUAAUGUAAUUUAUUUUUUUAGAAUAAAAAGAUUGUGUAUACAACUUUUAUAACUCUGGGAAGCUACACAAUAAACACUUGUCUGAUAAAAGA